GACUCAUCGAGCUGAUAACAAGGAACAAGUAACCUUUUCAGUAUCAUGUGUUUUCGUGAGGCAAUCGAAUAUAUAAACGCGCAAACUUUUUCAAACAUAACAUAAAGUGUAGAAGAUAGAGGUGUUUAAGUUUUUCAAGUAAAAUGGCUGUUGAUAUUCUGGGAAUAUUAACUUUGCCAAACUGGCUAUGCGGCGUAAUGGCCACACUUCUUGCAGUGUGUUUGUAUACAUGGUACAAACAAAGACUGUUUCACAGACUGGGCAUACCGACGAAGAAGACCGUAUUUCUACUGGGGGACUUUGUGGACAUGGUCAGAUGGGGGUUCAGCUACUUGGGCAUGGAUUUGUACAAACGAUACGGGAAAGUCUUUGGCAUUUACGUAGGUAACGUACCAGCGCUUGUCAUCAGCGACCCAGACAUCAUUAAGCACAUCAUGGUCAAAGACUUCGAUCACUUUACUGAUAGACCGCCAUUCCUGAAGUUAACCAAGUUUUGGAAAUCAGCCGUUUCUGUAGCAGGCGGGGAUGAGUGGAGAAACAUUCGUCACACAAUAAGUCCAACAUUCACAUCCGGUAAAAUGAGAAGCAUGACUCAAUUUCUGCAAAGAAGUUUAGACGUUUUCCAUGACAUAUUGGAAAAACAAAUCAAGGCCAGUCCUAACGGAUUCGAUAUUGAUCCAACCGUACGCUGUUACACGAUGGACGUAAUAUGCUCAACCGGAUUCGGCUUGGAUGUCAGCGCCCAGACCAACCCCGAUAAUCCGUUCAUUAAGUAUUCAAAAAGGUUUUUGGAAACGAGCCCUCUUGGAAUGCCAAAGUUCAUAUUGUAUAUCUUGUUCCCAGACCUGGCGGAUAUGUUUCCGAGGUUGUUCGAGACAAGCUUCAUGUCGAAAGACAUCAUGGACUUCUUUAUGACCACAACGAGGUCGCUAUUUGAGGACAGAAAACACUCAGAAUCUAAGCAUAAAGACCUUUUGCAAUUGAUGGUCAAUGCGAGCAAUCUGGCCGAAACUGAAAAGGUAUCUAACAGCCAGAGGAAAGCAGGUCUGACGGACGAGGAGAUACUGAUUAACUCCAUCAUUUUCAUGCUCGCUGGCUAUGAUACUACAGCAGCGGGGAUCUCAUGGGUUCUCUAUGAACUUGCCCUUAAUCCCGACAUUCAAGAAAAGCUCGUGAAUGCUAUCAAUGACGCAAUUGGCGAGAGCCCGCUGUCCUACGAUAAUGUCUUCUCUCUUAAAUAUAUGGACAUGGUCUUGUCAGAAACACUGCGGGUUCAUUCGCCAGCUACAAGACUCACGCGCAUGCCUGACCGCGACACUGAAAUUUCUGGAAUCAAGAUCCCCAAAGGGAUGAUCUGCCAUUUUGUAACGGACAUUUUGCACUUCUUGGACGAAUACUGGGAGGACCCGUAUACAUUCAAUCCGGAAAGGUUUGCGCCAGAAAACAAGGACAAGAUUAACGAGUAUGCCUACUUGCCGUUUGGGGUGGGGCCGCGGAACUGCGUAGGAAUGCGUCUCGCUCAGCUUGAGGUCAAGAUGACCGUCAUCAGCAUCUUGAAGAAGUACAGGAUCUACAAAGGAAGCGAACUUAAGGUGCCAUUACCACGCAGCCCGUACGGAUUGGCGCGCCCUGGUGCCCCAGUCCAUUUGCGAUUCGAACCUCGAGGCAGGAACAAAUAAAAAGUACAGAAAAAAAGAAGAAAAAGCCUUUAAUAACAUAAUGGAACGAUUCGGCAUGUUUUAAACUGAUUUUAACUACAAUAUUACGCUACGACAUCCGAAAGAAUAUAAUUACGACAUAUUUUACAUUAAACUUUAUUAAAGUUUAUCACCCCUUCUACAAAUACGUUUUAGCAAAAUCUGCAAUGGCGGACAGCAUUAUCAUACAUAAAGUUUAUUAAUUGUUUGAUGUUUUGGAAUUGUAUGAUAAAAAUAUGAAUUUUCAGAAUGUGGUUCGUUUUGUAAAAACAGUAACAUUUUUAAUUAAAACAGGUUUUAAAUUGUACUAGUUGCCCAAAAUAGAGUGUGAAAAUGUU